AUGGACUACGUCCUCUCUUUCGUAUCUGAAGCUUCUACCUUGUGGAACAAUCUUCAGAGCCGAUUUUCAGUCGGUAAUGGGGUGCGUAAACAAGUCUUGAAAGAUGAGAUUGCUUUAUGCAAGCAAAACGGGCAACCAAUCCUUGACCAAAUUCGCUCAACAAUCACCGGUGAAGAUCCUCUACCGUCUCUGAAUCAAGUCUACUCUCGCGUCAUCCGUGAAGAACAGAAUCUCAAUAUUUCUAGAGCAAGUGAAACCUCCAAAACAGACGCUAUCGGCUUUGCUGCCAGAGGAGAUUCAUCUGCUCAAUUCGCCGCCGUCUCUGCCCCACGUUCUCGUGAUAGGUCGACCCUCAGCUGUACACAUUGCAACCGUCAGGGCCAUGAAGUCUCCGAAUGUUUUCUUCUUCAUGGGUAUCCUGAUUGGUAUUAUGAACUUAACAAGGGAGCCGGACGUACGUCUAACUCAGACUCCAAAGCUUCUGUUCAGCGAGGUGGUCGUCCCCCAGCAUCUCGAGGUCGCGGUCGCGGAAGAGCCAACAAUGCUCAUGUUGUUCCUGAACAGAGUCAUGAUCAGAUUGCACAGCUGAUCAGCCUUCUCCAAGCUCAACGGCCUAACACCACAUCUGAGAAACUGUCGGGUAAAACUCUUUUAACUGAUGUUAUCAUUGACACAAGCGCCUCUCACCAUAUGACUGGCGACAUAUCUAUUCUUCAAGAUGUAUUUGAUAUCUUGCCUUCCGCUGUGAAAUUUCCCGACGGUAGUGGCUCUAGAGCUACGAAACGUGGCACAUUGGCACUCUCCUCAGAUUAUCUGCUCCCUGAUGUGUUAUUUGUUCCUGAUUUUGACUGUACUCUUAUCUCAGUGUCAAAACUUUUGAAACAAACCGGUUGUAUCGCCAUCUUUACUGACACAUUGUGCUUCUUACAGGACCGUUUUAUGAGGACUUUGAUUGGUGCGGGUGAAGAGCGUGAGGGAGUGUACUAUUUUACUGGUGUCUUGGCUGCUCGUGUCAACAAUGUCUCAAAGGAUACUGAUUCGUCUGGGGCAUUGUUGCAUCGUCGGUUGGGACAUCCUUCUGCUGGUGUUUUGAAUUCUUUACCUAAUUGUGAUCGAUCUCCUAGUGUUCUUGAAGAGAUCAAUAGUUGUGAUAUUUGUUUUCGAGCCAAGCAAACUCGAGAGAUUUUUAAUGAUAGCAUUAAUAAAGCUUCAGAUUGUUUUGCACUUAUUCAUUGUGAUGUUUGGGGUCCAUAUCGCACUCCUUCAUCAUCUGGAGUUGUCUACUUUCUCACUAUAGUCGAUGAUUACUCUCGUUCUUCUCAUGAGUGA